CAAUAGGACGCAGGAUGCGCGGCGCCGCUCCCCGCACCCGCACCCGCACAGACCGGCUCCGUGGAGCUUCCCCCGCAGGUUCCCCCGCAUAACCCGGGCUAGGAUGCAGCUGCGAGCCGCGGUCUGGGCCGACAGGUGUCUCCGCACCUGAGGUGACACCAGCUUUUGUCCGUUCAUUCGCUUUUUUCCGCCUAUCCAUCCUUUGAAGAAGUUGCCAGCAUGAGUUCCUCUCCGCUGGUCUCCCGAGCCAACAUGGACAUCCUGGACGAGCUGCAGCUGAUCGCCGCCCAGAACCUGGAAAGGCUGGAGGUGAACAAGUACUACGAGGUGAUCCGGGAGCUGGGGAAGGGCACGUACGGCAAGGUGGACCUGGUCAUCCACAAGCUCAGAGGGACAAAAAUGGCUCUGAAAUUCCUGAAGAAGAAGACGACCAAGUUGAAGUCUUUUCUACGAGAGUACAGCAUCUCCCUGUACCUGUCUCCCUGCCCCUUCAUCAUCAACAUGUUUGGCAUCGCCUUCGAGACGGACGAGUACUACGUGUUUGCACAGGAGUACGCUCUGGCGGGAGAUCUCUUCGACAUCAUUCCUCCACAGGUCGGUCUUCCUGAGGCGGUUGCAAAGCGCUGUGUACACCAAGUGGCCAUCGCUCUGGACUACCUACACUGUAAAAAGCUCGUCCACAGGGAUAUUAAACCUGAGAACAUUCUCAUUUUUGACCGAGAGUGCAGAAAAGUGAAGCUGUCUGACUUUGGCAUGACCCGUCGAGCUGGCUCGCCCGUGAAAAGAGUGAGUGGCACCAUCCCCUACACAGCCCCAGAGCUCUGUGACGCAUCCCGCCACGAGGGCUUCUGUGUCGACUACAGCACCGAUGUCUGGGCUUUCGGUGUGCUGCUCUUCUGCAUGCUGACGGGCAACUUUCCCUGGGAGAAGGCACUGCCCUCGGAUUCUUUCUACCAAGAGUUCAUCCGCUGGCAGAAGAGGAGGACAAACACGGUGCCGUCGCAAUGGAGGCGCUUCACGGAGCAGGCGCUGCGCAUGUUCCGGCGACUGCUCUCCGUGGAGCAGGACCGCCGCUGCUCCGUCAAAGAGGUGUUCGGGUACUUCAGCCACUCCUGGAUGCUCGACGCAGAGAACGACAACAACAAUGGAAAUGUGGGACGCGGAGGCGGCGGGGAGAGGGUUGGCGGAGGCGGCGGCGGCGGAGGAGGAGGAGGCCCUGUGCGAGGAGAGGUUGAAGGGACCGUGUCAACAUCUUCCUCCGGGGAAGAAGACGAGGAGCUCCUGGUGGAGAGGAUGAAGCAGCAGACUCUGUCGCCUCGUUCCCCAAUGUCACCCCAUUCUCCCAUGUCGGUGGAGCGGGGGAGCGGCGGAGGAGGGGCCAAGGGAGGGAUGAUGGAACCAGGCAGCGGACACCAUUUCGUGUCCGUCUCCACUAACAGCUCCGUGUCAUCGACCAACAGUUACGACCGAGUGCCGCGGGAGAACAGUUCGCCGGGCGGCCGCAUGCUGGUGGCGACCCCCAUAGAGAUCUGCGUCUGAACGCGUCCGGACGGCGUCACAAACUCAGCGCCACACACUUUUAUACCUCCCGUUCAACUACAUAGCUGUGCAUGCAUCAAAAAAGAAGCAGACUCCUACGUGUUUCCUGUUUUAGACGUCUUGGGACGGAGGAGCAUCCGUCGGAGACCAAGAACACACAGGUUCCUCACAAAGAAGGGUUUUUUGGUCAGAUCUGGUCAGAAAGGCUGCAAAAAAAAGAAGGUGUUUACACUUCAGCAAUGCGUUCAAAUGCAUUGCAAGGAAAUUCAGCUGAGAAAUGAAAUUUAAAAAAGAGAAACUUUCUUCCACAUGAAAUUCUGUAGAAGAAGAAAACCAAAAUGCACUUCUUUAAGCAAUACUUAAGGCAAAAAAAGGAGGAAAACGUGGCAGAAUGCUGCCGAAGGACAUGGGAUUUGUAUUCUUGAUGAGACCUGAAACAGCAGUCGAGCAAAUAAGUUAUUAAAAGAAACAAACAAUGGUUUCAAAAGUUUCAAGUGUAACAUAAAAGCGUGAGUGUGUUUGUGUGUAUUGCUGUGUGUUGUGUAAGUAUGAGUCUAAAAGAAGUGGAUUUAUUUUGCUUUGAGAUUUUUGUUAUUUAUUUUAACCUAAAAAAAACCCUAAAAACUCUAUUUUUUCUAUUGUUUUUUUUGUAAGGUAGCUUUCCUUGUUUUCCAUCAGACUAGACGUUGUUACACGGCGUUCUGGAUGAGCAGUACCACUUCUCUGUGCAACACCAGCUGUAUAUACUGGUAUGAAGACCUGUACGUUGUGUAAGAUGAUGGAUAGACGAAGGAAGGUUUAUGAUGUCCGUGCUCCAUUUACGUGACCGCUGAAAGACUUUUUUCUACUCACUCCUGGAAUUCAGUUUGUAUAGUUUUUCUUUGAAAUUUAAUGAAAAAUAUCUCUGCGUUGCUUUUGUUUUCAUUGUAAUUUCUACGGGACGUGUUUUCUUCAAAAACUUUUAUCUGAAAUUAAUGUCUGAAAAGAAACAAAACUCCUUAAGCUCAAUUUGAAAAAGAAAAGAAAAAAGAGGGAAAUCUCUCGAGCCAUGUUUUUAUAAACUGCAUGACGAGUAGGUCACAUUUAGGGAAACAAAAACCAGAAAAAAAAGCAUAAAAAGAAAAUGUUGUGAUGUGAAUUUUUUGCAGUAGCACAAUUUCUUGCAUUAUGUCCAAGAGUGAAUAGCGGUGUUAGACUCUCUUGAGACGUCCUAGGGCUAAAAACAGAUCUGAACAAUAAUUACUUUCUUUUCUGUGUGAUUGUAAUUGUAUUAAUGUUGUGUAAUCAUUUCAUCACCUUUCAGAAGCAAAAUAUAGAGUUAAGCAUGAGUUCAAAGAGUGAGAGGCUUGAAUUUGUAUUAAAAGAGAGAAGUUUAAUGAGAAGAUUUGCUUUUAAAUGGCUUUUAACGAGUAGCCUGGCCAGUCAUACCAUGCAAUUAGUAAAUGAUCUUUUGUAAAAUUGGUCUGCGGCCCCAGUUCACAGCCAUUUUCACUGGUACAGAACGUACCGAGCCAAUUGCAGUGGGUGUUGGGCGGCUUUUUGUGUAACGAGUCUUAGGGGCACCACCCUGAAAACUAAAACAACCAACGUGACAGAAGAAUUGCUAGUAACACUUUGGAUCGAUAGGUUUUUACUGCAGAGACUACUGAUUUAGUCAUUUGCCGGCGUUUCUACUCAACUGCACGACAUUUUCCAUUUGAGUUGAUCUGCCGACCUCGUGUGUCCAGUGUCCUCUGCUUCUGUUGGUAUUUCCCCGCUGAAAUGAAAGAUGAAUCCAGAGGAACCAGACCAAUUCUUUGUAAUGAAAAGUAUAAUAAUUAGGAUGGUUGGCCAGGCUAUUUAAAGAAGUAGUGAGGAUUGGAUUUUUUUAAAAACAGAAGAAAAAAAAAGUCUAAAUAAUAUUUAAAAAUGAAUCUAUUCCUUGAUUCUUAGUGAAUAUCUCAAAAAUGAUUUUUAUAAAAAGCAUUGACUCAUGCGCAGGAAUGGCUUUCCUCCUGCUUUCCAGACAUAAAACUGCAUGAACGUGUAUGUGCUAAAGACUCUGCUGUGAAAACCUGCUCAGUGUUUUUCCUGUCACAAGCUGUAGUAUCUGUAGACGUAGUAUAGCUGCGAACAAAAUGUUUCUUUAUCUCGUCAGUCAUGGAUGCGCCUGACUGAGCAUCAGCGACUCUCAGCUAAGGCCUCUCGCAUCGAGCAUUUUCCUCUCGUUCCACCCAGCUGCUCCCAGAUCAGUGAGUCGGUAUGCAAAUUACUACAUCUUGUGACAAUCUCUGACCUCACUGGCAGCCUUCUGACUCCGAACAAAGGACAGUUUUGAUGUAGACACUGAAGAGCUGCUGUUUUCUUUAGCCCGUCAUUCCCGUCAGCCAGCUGCAAGCAGCACUGGCUCCGCAGCUUUUACUGUGUUAGCGCCAGCAAAUCAUCACUUUUGUAAAAGAUAUACCAUUAAAAUCCAGGAUAUUAACCCAGUUUUUUCUGUUUGAAUUGAACCUGACAUGAAUAAAACCCUUAACUUACACACUCCAGUACAGUAGGUGACGGUAGGCAUCUAAAAACUCACUAAUAAUAGAAGAAAGGAUGAAAAAGAUUCUCAUUUCUUUGAAAUAUUGAAAACACAAAAUUUUAAUUGUGGCUACAAAGAAUUUUAAAGGAUUAUAUUUCUUUUAUUAAGGAUGCUCCAUCAUUUAUUCAACUAAAGGAGAGGACUAAGAAAUCAUUGAAGCUUCUUUCCUUAGUGUUUUAGAGAUUUCCAUCGGGUCCGAUGCAUUUUCAUUUCCCUCAAUACCAGUAAGGCCCGCCCCUCAGAUGAGCCAAUGGCUGUUGAGUAUCAGUUCCACAGGGACCAGAGUUCGGAACUCUUUAUUAUUAAUAUUAUCAAUAUUUAAUUCUAUUUAUUAGAGCCAAACAAAACAGAGCCAAACUUCUGCUUUGAAUUAAACUGCAAAUAAAGUCCAGUUGUACGGUACAUGAACGCUGCAGAGCUUUUGAAAUCUGCUAACACUAAGUUACGGUAUUUAAUCGCAACUGCUAUGUAGCAACACAGCCUUAUCUAAUGUUAAUCACCAUCGAUAACGAAGACAACCAACUUUAUAUCUAGUUUUGAGUAACUAGCAGUAUCAUAUCUUAAUAACUUCAAAUCUAGCGGCAGACAGAUAUUGUUGUUAAAGAUACA